UUAUUUUCAUAGUUUCCAAACACAUUUCUGACCUAAAUUUUGUUUAUUUUUUAAAGAAAAUGCCAAUUACAUUACUCCAAACACCUCCUUACUCAAUUUCCUCGACGGAUAGUGCUAAUUCAUCAUCAAAAGAUGUAAUAACUACUCCAUCUAACGAAGAAUUAUUUAAUAAACAAACAAAAAAUAAUUUAAAUUCUCCAAAUAUUUAUUGGCAAGAAGAAUUGGAUAAACAAGUAAAAGAGAAGAAAAUGACAGAAAUGAUUGAGGCAGAAAAACGUUUAGAGGAACAGAAAGUUUUGGAACGUGAAGCUAAACUUAAAUUUGAACGUGAAGAGAAAGAAAGAGCAGCUGAGGAACAAAAAAGAACACAAAAGUUUGAAAUUCGAGAUCAAUACAAUCAAGCUUGUUUGGAUGGUAUUCAACAAGCUAACAAAGAAGCUGAAGCUUUAAAACGUGCAAAAUUGUAUCGUCACAUUCUUCUUGAUGGGCAGGCUGACUUAGAAACUUCUAAGAAAGUGUUAAAAAUUGAUGACGAUCAACUUGUUGUUAAUGUUUUAAGACAACUUCGUGAUUUUGAAUUGCAAAAAAGUAUAGAGAAAGCAGAAAGUAAAGCAAAAUCAAAUUCUCCAUCAACAACAAAAUCACCAAAACAACAACAUUCAUCAUCACCCAAUUCAACACCCAAAACCACUAAAAAUAAUCUAAACAAUUCAAAACAACAACCUUUUUCAAGAGCUAAUAGUUGGAGUGUUAAACAAUCAAGAACAAUCCCAACUCAAUGGUCAUCUCAUUUACCCAUUCCAACUUGGCAAAAACAUUCCAAACAAAAUGAAAACAGCAACAAUUAUUCUAAUACACAAUCACCUGUCACGAAACUUUCAGCUAAUGAAAUUUUUAAUAAAAAUAAGGAUAAGACUCCACCCGGCUUGGUAAGUUUAUAUUUUUAA